AUGUCCGCUAAACAAACCAAGAAAGACGGCGACAUCAAAAAGCAAAUUUCUGAACUAAUACUAGGCGAUGGCGACUUCCUUAAAUGCAUUGCUGAAGCUGUAUCGUCCGCAAUUAUCGACACUAUGUGUGUGAACGAAAGCUUUAUUGCUAAAAUAGCUGAUAAGAUUUCUCAAAACGAAAAGCAUACAACUAAAAUAAAGCAAGAGCUUUACGAAAGUCUGUCGUUUGAUAAUACCGACCUUCGAGCAAAAAUCACUGAUUUGGAAAAUAAUUGCGCACAGUUAAAGAAAUCGUACGACAAUCUACAAAUGGCCCAUGACGACUUGGAACAAUAUGGGAGAAGGAAUUGCUUAAUUUUUCAUGGCGUUCCAGAACCACCAAAAGAUGUGACCGAAAAUACAGAUGCUGAAAUAAUUAAGAUAGUCAACGACAAACUUGGGGUGAAGAUUCAAGUGUCGGACUUAGAUAGAUCUCACAGACUGAGAAGGAAGUCUCCGCAAAUAGCUAACUCAAGACCAAAGCCUAUUAUUGUAAAAUUUAAUCGUCACAAUACUAAAUCUGAAGUAUUCAGCCGAAAGCGUAAUCUAAAGGCAUCCGGCAUCGGGAUAACAGAAAGUUUGACGAAGAAACGCCUUGAAUUGUACACAACAGUCUCGAAUCAUCCUGAGGUAAAAGCAGCGUGGACAGCAGAUGGUAAAGUCAUUGCCCUACUCUCAGGUAGUCAAACUAAAGUUUUUCUUGAAAACCAUAAGGAUUUGACAAAGUUAUCUUCACUCAUUAAUUGA